AUGAAGCUUACAUUUAAAGAUUUGAAACAGCAGAAGUUUGUAAUUGAUGCAGAGCCCUCAGAGACGGUUGGGCAAGUGAAAGAAAAGAUCUCCAAGGAGAAGGGCUGGGAUGUCCCCCAACUGAAACUGAUCUACUCUGGUAAGAUUUUGCAAGAUGACAAGGCGAUCGAAUCGUACAACAUCGAAGAAAAGGGCUUCAUAGUAUGCAUGGUCUCCAAGCCCAAGGCCUCCUCAUCUACAGCCACUCCUUCGCAACCCCCCUCGACACCUUCGAGAGCUGCCGCCUCGACCCCAGCUGCGCCCCCUGCCCCGGCUCCAUCUACAAACGCUUCCGCAUCAGCCCCACCGGCGACCCCUUCCCCUGCCGGGGCUACACAGCCAUCCGAUGCUGCUUUCAAUGAUCCCUCUGCUUUGUUGAGUGGCUCUCAGGGCGAGGCGGUUAUUUCUCACAUGGAGAGUAUGGGGUUUCCAAGGGAUGAUAUUAACCGCGCUAUGAGGGCUGCUUUCUUCAAUCCUGACCGUGCUAUCGAAUAUCUUCUAAAUGGAAUUCCAGACAACAUCCAACAGGAACAGCAACAACAACAGCAGCAGCAGGCUGCCGCUGUCACCGCUGCUUCACCUCAGCCUCCCGCUGCUUCCGCUGGGGAAACCGCCCCUGCGACAACUGGUGGUGAAGAACCAGUCAACCUGUUUGAGGCUGCUGCUCAGGCGGGUACCCAGGAAGGCGCCCAUGGGGCACGCCCCGGAAGUGCAGCCGGCGAAGGACUUCCGAAUCUUGACUUCCUUCGGAAUAACCCACAUUUCCAGCAACUUCGCCAGCUAGUCCAGCAACAACCGCAAAUGCUCGAGCCCAUCCUUCAACAAGUCGCGGCCGGUAACCCUCAGAUCGCCCAGCUCAUCGGCCAGAACGAGGAACAAUUCCUACAGCUCUUGAGCGAAGAAGGUGAUGGUGCGCUUCCUCCUGGUACACAUCAGAUCCAUGUCACCGAGGAAGAAAGAGAUGCCAUCGAACGUCUAUGCCGCCUGGGAUUUUCCCGAGAUUUGGUCAUACAGGCUUACUUUGCAUGUGACAAGAACGAAGAGCUUGCUGCCAACUUUCUAUUCGAGAACCCUGAUGAUCCUGAAGACCUAUAA